UAACAAUAGUGCGAGCUAAUGCUCUUCAAAAUUCAUUCCUACCACCGCACCGUACAAAAAGCGCCAAAUUUUGUGACGUGUUGUUAUUGACACGUGAUUACUUUGCGAUCAUUCGCAUGAUUCGAACGAGCAAGUAGUGAACGCGUGUGUAUUUUCGAAAUAUAUGUAGAUCUAAGUCGUCUAAGUGCGAUUAAUUUUCGUAUUAUUCUCUCAUCGCGAUAUAAAAUGUGCAUUUUGUGAGAUUCGCGUCAAUUGUGCAAAGCGUCUUAAGCACAAUCGAUUGAUCGCGAUUAUUGUAAUUUUUGCAUUAUUUUUCUGUCGAACUAUAUAAAAAGUUCGUGUAGUAUUUUUUCGUUACAAUAUAUGUAAAGUGCGCGUCGUGUACAAUUUAAAGUCGCGUAAGUUGUCGCACGAUUGUCAUAUUUUGGUAAUUAGUGCGCGCGUGACGUUAACAGUAUUUUCAUGCGAGUACUACAAAAGAGUGGCAAAGAGAAUGAACGAGAGAGAAGAAGCACAUUCGGGGAGGCAACAGUAGAUUAACUUGUGCAACUAUCACUCCGGCGCUGCACAUUUGAUCUCAUUCCCGCGCAACAAGUUAUAUUAUUCAAGAAAGACAUAUACGUUGUGGCUGCAAUAAAAGUCCUGUGCUUGCAGAUUUGGUGCCGCAAAGUAUCGCUUCCCUUUCCUUAUAAACAAUGAUAUCCCUCAUACAUAUUAUCCUCGGUAUAUCUAUCAUAAUUUUGGUCUAUAUUUUUCGUGGUAAAACGCGUCAACUUCCCCCGGGACCAUACGGUAUCCCGCUACUCGGUUAUUUACCAUGGCUAGAUUCGAAACGUCCUCACGUAUCCCUGACAAAUUUGGCGAGGAAGUAUGGACCGAUUUGUGGACUGCGAAUGGGCUCGAUCUAUACGAUCUUGCUGUCGGAUCCUCAGCUGGUAAGGCAGGUCUUUGCGAAAGACGUGUUUGCUGGAAGGGCCCCACUUUAUUUGACACAUGGAAUAAUGCAGGGGUACGGUCUCAUUUGCGCCCAGGGUGAUCUCUGGAGGGAUCAACGAAAAUUUGUAGUUGGAUGUAUGAACAAUUUCGGCAUGUUGAAGUUACCCGGUGCUAAGAGAGACAGGAUGGAGGAAAGGAUUAUCAAGGCCGUGAACGAAUGCAUAUCGAAACUAAAAGAUCGCUCUACGGAAGACGGUAUCGAUCCAAUGGAGACGCUUCAUCACUGCGUGGGAAAUUUGAUAAACGACGUCGUUUUCGGCAAGAUUUACGAGGAGGACGACGAGGUGUGGAAAUGGCUCAGACAUUUACAGGAGGAAGGAGUCAAGCAUAUCGGAGUCGCAGGGCCGCUCAACUUUUUGCCGCUCCUCAGAUUUUUACCACGAUAUGGCAAAAUAAUGACGUCAAUUAUCGAUGGCAAACUGAAAACACAUCAGAUAUAUCAAACGUUUAUCGAUGAGCAUCGUGCUCGGCCCGACAAGACAGAUAACUUUCUUGCGGCAUUCGACAAUGUAAUGAGACUCAAUGCGGAUAAUCCUGGACACUUUACUCAACCACAAUUUUAUCAUCUCUUGGCCGAUAUGUUCGGCGCAGGCACCGAUACGACUCUUACAACCUUUCGUUGGUUUUUACUCUUCAUGGCGAUACAUCCAGACGAACAAAAAAAAAUUCAUGACGAAAUGAACGAAUUGUUGGGACAAAAGCUGCCCAGUUUGGAAGACAAACUUGUUUUAAUUCGACUCGAAGCUGCCAUCUCAGAGACACAAAGAUUGCGAAGCGUCACUCCGCUUGGAAUUCCUCACGGAACACUCGAGGAUACAAAAAUAGGCGAUUACGACAUACCGAAAGGCACUAUGGUUAUUCCGCUGCAAUGGGCUAUUCAUACUAACCCUUUAGUCUGGCACGACCCGCUCUCUUUCAAAGUUGACAGAUUUAUCGCUGAAGAUGGAACUCUUGCCAAACCGAAAGCAUUUUUGCCCUUUCAAACGGGUAAACGUAUGUGCAUCGGUGAUGAAUUUGCCAGGAUGAUAUUAUUUCUCUUUGCCGCAAGGAUUCUUCACUCAUUUGUUAUCUCUGUACCACCCGGUACCUGCAUCGAUCUGGAGGGUGAAUGCGGAAUCACUUUGGUUCCAAAACCGCAUCGAUUAGUUUUCACGUUGCGGGAAUAAAUUUACAUAUAGUAAUAUUAUUCUUAUACUGAUUAAAUAAUACUACAAA